AUGACGAUGCCGGCUUCAUCCCAGCAUGCGCAUCCUGAGCACGCGCCGUCGGCUCUCAACCCCAGCAACUCCAGGCGCAGCUUCACGCUCCCCGCGCGCGCGAUACGGAGGACUGAGUCGGUGCCCGCGUCGAGGAACACGGCUGACGGCAUAGAGACGUUGUUCGUGUGCUCCAACUCCAAGAUCUUCUCCUUUACCACAGCCGGACCCGCUCGCCGGCUUUCGCCCUCCCGUUCAGGUGACACGUCGCAUCCGAUACCGUGGAAGACGCCUACAGAGCGCACACUCGCAGUCGGGGCUCUUCGCAUCUAUCGCGUGACAGCCUCCAACGUCUCCUUCCUCAACAGUGGUAACCUCCUGCACACAAUCUUCCCCCGGUCCCAGAUAUGGCUUGUCGACAAUCAGUCCGUCUUUGUGCUACGUAUACGGCAGGACUCUUACUAUCGCAUCGAGCUCCCCUAUGAGACCGACGAGGACAAGGUCAACAUCACGCACUUCAAGUCGGUAUUGGCGCAGGUGAUGCAGUACGAGAGGACACAGUGCCCGUUCGCGCGAGGAUUUGACGUCGUCGCAGAGCUGGAGCGUCCAAAGAGCCCUCCACGUAAGACGAUCAAGAGGAAGCCGUCGGGACAGGCAAAGAAGUGGGUCAUGGAUAAGACCUGGGUACCACAACAGCAUGGCUCAAGGCCUUCUACGUCUGGCACUGAUCGCUCAGAGACUGGUACUGCCUCUUCAUACGACGAAGACGACCGGUCGAGCGUCUGUACCGACAGUAGCGAAAUAGUAUCCGCGGCCCCUGACGUCCCCUUAGCGACAACUACACCCAGACCCCUCGUGUCAAAAGCGCCCCCGCGCCGCCUGUCAGUGGGAGAACGGGUCAGCAUGUUUCAAGGGCUGCGCUCAGCAACUGCGCCUAUCAAGAUGCCCAGGAGAGAAUCCGUGUCUGCCAUGGAGCGCAUAGUCGAGUCUCCUCUCUCUCCUCCGGCGAAGCAGUCUAGCGAAGCCGAUAAACCCAUCCUUGAACGUCAAAUCUCAGAUGCCCCCAGUCUGACCUCGAGUGUAGACUCGUUCUACUCUCUGAAUACUGCCACACCUUCUCCAAAGUUCCUCGAUGCGGACGAUGAUGCCAUAAACCCAUGGGCGAACACCUUCUCUAAGCAAGAUGACGAGCCGAGGGGACGUUCAACACAUCGACGCCAGGUAUCAGAGGCUACCGUUCGUGGUCCGUCCACCGAAUGUACCAAUCCAUCCGCACCUGUGACGCCUACAGUCCCAUACUAUUCCUCCACAACCCCCUCGAUCGAUGUACGGCCUUCUUCUGCGCCGUCUACACCACCGCUUGUAAGCGAUUCCGAUGACGACAGUCUUGGGCGUGCGAGCAUAGAUAUUCCUACGCCGCCUGACGCAAUCCGUAUGAGGAAGCUUACAGGGGCUUCGCAGAGGCGCGCCUUUUCUCCUAUGCCUCCAGCCCAAAACCUCUUCUGUCCACCGAAGCACAGCCCUCGCAAGGACUUCACAAAUGCCCUGGUACGCAAGACAUGCGAGCUUGUUCUCGGGCCACCUGCACACUUGGUUUCGGUCAUGCUUCGCAUCGCUACAAGCAUCUCGAAUGGUUUUGGCUUCAACACGUACCGUGUGCGCCGCGCAGAAAAGAUCCCAUGCGCCUGGGAGUCAGAUGACGAAACUGACUGGGCUGAAGAAGACGACUUCGGCAUCCCUCUCAACAACAUGGGAACUCCGGCGCUACGUCGACAGACCUUCUCUGGUGAAGUCGACUGA